AUGAUUAUCUCAGAGCAAGAGGAUAUCAUUUGCUUUUUUUGCCAUUAAUCAUCCUUUUAGUUUAGUAAUUUGCAAGUUUACAGACUAUGCUCGUGCUCUCCUUCUUCUCCUCUUAUUUGCACUUAUUGUUGCUUAUCUAAGGAAAAAUUAUUUUGUCCAGAAUGUGGCAUGUUUUUUGAUAAGCAGAUUUUAAGCUAAAAAGCUUCUUAUUUAAAAAAUUUAGAAGUUAAACAAAAGAAGAUUUCUUAGUUUAAUUUUCAAUAUUAAAAUAAUAUGGAAAGCUAAUUCUUCGCUCAACCUAUAUAAAAUUAGGCAAAUAUUCAUUGCUAACAAAUUCCCAAUUAUUAACAAAUGAAUUUCGUAAAUAUGCAACAGCAAAAUUAUGGAUAAAAUUUUGUUAACGAAAUGUAUUAACAGUAGUCUGAGUAGGAAUUAAGAAGUAGAAUAAAUAUGAAAUAAGCUUAAGCACAUCCUUAAUUAGGAAUAAGCUUAGCAAACAGUUUGUAUUAAAGCCCUAUUAAAGGCUCAAAUAAUAUAAAUUCUAAUUUUAAUGUUUUCGAUGCUAAGAUUAGUUCCUAUGUUUCUAGUACAAAUGAAGGAGAAUCUAACAAAUAAGGCUAGUUCAGUAGUCAACCAAGUAGUCAAAAGUCAGAUUGGAGCUAAUAAAAAAAUAUUGAAUAAAAUCUCUUUUGUUCAAUCUAAUCUAAUUGCUAUAAAAACCAAAGCAAUAUUGACUUUUUUAAUUAGUAAAACACAAUUAAUUAGCCUUGGGUAUUUAACCAGCAACACUAGUAGUAGCAGCAACAAUAACAACAACAACAAUAAAUGCAAUAACAAUUUUAACAGACCAAAUAAAAUAAAUUUAAAUAGAAUGAUAAAUAAUUUUUUAAUAAUGUUUUUGAUCAACCUAAAAUUCAGUAAGGAGGCUUUGCUUUUCCUGUAAACUUGCAAAACUAAUAACAAUAAAUAUAUCAUUCUUUUUAGAAUUUUUAAUUGCCUAAAAUUAAUCAAUAACAAUAAUAAUAAUAAUAAUAAAUAAUUUUUGAAGGAAAGGAAUAGCCUCCUCCUUAGAUAAUAUAAAAGGAUUUGAAAAUAGAAGAAAGUGAAAUUAAAUAACAGAUUUAGCAGUAAUAUUAAUUAAGUUAAUAAUCAACUAUUAUUGAUGAAGAGACAGUAGAUAAAAUCAAUAAUUUUUCAUUUUAAAAUUCAAACACUCAACUAGAAUAAAGUAAUGAAAGUAACUAUAUGAACUAUCUUCAAAAGGUUCCUUAACCUUAAAAAAUACUGACUCACUUGCAUCAAUCUUUGGAUCCUUCUAUCUUGCAAAAAUAGACAAAAGAAUAUAGCUAAUCCUUGAAUAGCAGUCAAAAAAGCCUAAACAGCUCUGGAUUUGGCUAGCAAGCUGAAUUCUUUUAGACAGUCGGAAAAAAGCUAUAAAGAGUUAAUCGCUCAAAUAGUGUUUAGCUGUCACAAUCGUUAUCUUUAAAUGAUUUAGCAGACAGAUCUUUGAAUAAAAGCUUUAGUUUAUAAGAAAAACCAAAAAAUUAAAAUAGAAACCAGAGAUCCUUUAGCAAUAAAGAUCUUGCUGAGCUAUUUAAAACCAACCGCUCAAAUUCAAAGUAUGAAAUGGAAAGUAAAUAAGAGGAACCUGUAAUAAAUGAAUAAUAGAUUCUACAGUUCAAAAAAGAAUAAGAAUAGAUGCUUUAUGGAAGAGAUUUCCUCAUCAAAAGUUAGUAGCAACAAGAAAUUAAUAAUCAAAAUUUUCUAAGCUGUCAAAAUAAAAUAUAAACAAUUAACCAUAAUUAAAAUAACAACAGCAACAUCAAUAACAUUUAAAUGAAUAAGCAGUUACCUUACCAUGAAAAUUUUGGAAAUUCAAUAAGCGUCAAUCAAAACGCUUAGGUGCCUACAUUUUUUAACAAUUUCAAUAAUAAUCCUAACUAGAAUUACUUUUAAAGUAAAAGUAAUAUGUUUGCUUAAUACGCUAAUUAAUCACAAGUUUUCUAGUAACCAUAAAUUCCUAUUUAAAAUUGUAAUAUUUUUCAAACUUAGAAAUAAUAAAUGGAUUGCUCCUCACAAUUUUCAAGAGCAACUAAUUAAAAUCAACCUUAAAUUUAAAACCAAUAAAGCAAAAUGCAACAUUAAUUCUAAUAAUAGUACAUGUAAUAAUCUCAAAUAAUGAACUUCAGAUUAUUCUCUAAUAAUCAAAUGGAAGAAAUGUGA